CAAAAAAUACAAGUAAUGCUGUCAUUUAAAACAUACAUAAUAAUAUAUAGUGGAUUAUAUACUUAUAUAUAUAUAUAAGUCACAUAUCACACAUUUUCUAUAUUAUAAGUGAAAUCAAUAUUUAUAUAAUAUAUUAUGUAUAAUUAUACAUACGUAUAUAUAUGUAAAUAUUUUGUAUAUGUAGUUGAAGACAGUGUAGUUGCAUUCAAUGUAAAGCAAGAUAUGACUAAUUCAAAUGAAACAGAAUUUGACGAUAUUUCUAACGCAACUAAUAAUAAAAAUUUAUUAAGUGAAAUAGCAAAUAAUUUAGAUUCUUGUGGACUUCAAAAGGAAUAUCACAAUUAUACCAUUAAAUUAAGUAGAAAAGAUGUCAUAGAUAACAUAGAAAAGGAAAUCAUUGAAUAUUUUACACAUUUUUUAAUUAAGUUACGUUCUCUUACACAAAAGUUACAAAUAUAUGUAGAAAUCGAACGCCCUGUCAUGAUUAAACAAACUUAUUAUUUUUAUGAAAUUCUGAAAGAUACACAAUCAGCUAUCAAUGUUUCUCAAGAUAUAACUUUGAAGAAACAACUAAUUUUUAAAUUAUAUAAUCAGCAUAAAAAAGAAAAUAAGAAAUAUGAUUCUUGCAUUAAACAGCUUCCUAAUGAUCUAUUACACGUACAAAAUAAGAUAAAUGAAUUUAUUGAAAACAUUUUGUAUCAGUUAUUAAAUGAAAUAUUACACACAGAGGAAACAUAUUUAUAUGAUGAAAAAAUUAAUAAAGCGAUCGAAAUACAUUUGAAAUCUUGUAUCAAUAAAAUAAAUACAGCUCUACAAGGUGCUGGAGAUCAACACAUACAGAUAACUGAAACAAUAGAAGAACAACAGAAGGAAUUAAAAAGAAAAAAUUUAGAAAUAGCUCAAUUGAAAGAAGUAGUGCAACAGCAAAGAGAAGAAGGUAUUGGUUUAAAUGAAGAAAAUAUAAAAAUUAAAGAACAGUUAUCAAAAAUAACUACAACGCUUAAUAAAAAGGAUGAUCAUGUAUUGAAGUUAGAACAACAACUUGAGAUACUUAAAAGUGAAUUAUUUAUAUAUGAUAAAGAUUGUAAUGCAUUAGAAAAAGAAAACAAGAAUUUAGAAAAUAUAACAAAUAGAUUAUCAGAAGAAUGCCGAGAGAGUAAGAAACAAUUAAUAAUAAAAACUGAACAAAUUAAAAAUUUAUCAGAGCAAGUUCGUGAACUUCUUGAAACUAAAAACCUAAAGACUACUUUAGAAAAUAAGAUUAAAGAAAUAGAGAAAAGAUUGAGUGAUUUACAAUUUGAGAAUUAUGAAUUAAAAAAGAAUAUUAUUCAAUCCAAUAUGAUCAUUUCCACAAAAGAAGAAGCUAUAACUACCUUGAAAAAUAAAAUUGAUGCAAGUAAUAAUAUUUUGUCACAAAAAAUUGGUGAAUACAAAAAUGCAAUGGAACAAAAACAUUAUGAAAUCAUAAAAUUGGAAGAUGAAAAUAUGUUAUUAAAUGAAAAGCUGAAAGAUGUUGAACAUAAACUUAUAGAAAUGAAUCUAAUAAUUGUAUCUCUAACUGAACAAAAUGAUAAAAUUAAUAUCAUAUAUAUAAUGCAAGAGGAUCUUGCAAAAUUGGAUAAAUAUGAAAAAAAAUUAAAAGUUGAACUCAGUAAUUUAAGAACACAACUUAUAAAUAAUCAAAGUAGUAACAAAAAACUUGAUAAUAGCUUAGACAUAUAUCUACGUGAAAAUGAAAUAUUAGAAAAAAAUGUGGAAUAUUGGAGAAAUGAAAACUCUGAAUUAUUAAUUAGACUGCAUAAUGAAGUAAUGGAAGAAAAUCUAAAAAGCAAAUUGUAUACUCUUUCCAAUCAAAUAUGUGAAAGACUCUUAAAUCUUCAAAAUCUAUCUAAUUUAGAAAAAGAUUCAUCGAAUAGUAAAUUUAUUAAAAAAUUACAUGAUCAGUACAUAAUUCAUCAAGAUGAAAUAAUAGAGUUAACUGUAAAUAAUAGAAUAACAAAUGUCAAAUUAGAAUAUAAAGAUCAAAAACGAGAAGCAAAAGAAACUGAAAUAGAAAAAAUCGAUGUACAAUUGUCGAAUAACGUAAAUAUAAAAGAAGUGUCUGAAAAUAAUUGUAUAACAUUUGAGCGAUCCAAUUCUCCAAAUAAUUUAUUGAUGAGGUAUAAGAUGGAACAUACGAAAAGUGAACAUAAUGAAAACCAAAAUGCAAUAAUGAAUAGAGAUUGUGAAAUAAAACAUCCUAAAGAAAUUAUUAAACAUUUAGUACAAGAAAAUGCUGAGCUUCGUGCUAUCCUUAAAUCUCAGAUAGAAGAAUAUCAAGACAAAAUAAUAUUAAUGAAAAAGAACUAUGACAGUAGUUUAAAUGCAGUUUGUGAAAGGCACAAAGCAAACGUUGAAAUUUUGCAAAAACAAUUUGAAGAUGACAUGAAGAGUGAAAAAGUGUUUGACUCAGAAAAUUGGUUAUUAUCAUUGAAUAUGAAAGAAUUAAUGGAACUACAUGAACAGAUAACUGUAAUUAUAAACAACAGCUCUGAUGUAAUUCAUAUGGAAAACGAAACUCAAUGUUUCUAUGAUAAUGCUCAACAGGAAUUUUAUGCAACACUAAAUGAAGUGGAGAAAAAAUUCCAAAUUCUACCCACAAAUGUACAUGAAGAAGAAUCAAUGUACAAAAGAAUAAUAUCAUCAAUUUCGAAAGAAAGAAAUUCAUACAUACAAAAUCAAUGGCAAUUUAUGCCAUUUUUAGGUGAUACUCAAAAGUAUCAAACUUUACAAACACAAGAUUAUAAAUCAAAUUUGGGACAUAACUUUGGGUACCACAAUGGCGAAGAAAAAUCUCCAGAAUUAGAAAACAAAUCUAAGAAAGACAAACAAAUUGAAAAAGAUUUCAUUUUUGAUCAACAAAGAUGGAAUUUUAUUAAUCAGUGUAGUGCAUACCAUAAAUUGAGCAAUAUAUAUGAAUAUAUUACAACAUUUCCUACGAAUUAAUAUUAUUGAAGUCUUUCAAGAUAAAUUUCUUUAAUUUAAAAAAAAAAUAUUCGUUCUUUUACUUAAAUAAUAAAUUUGUAAAGAUUUUUUAUAAGAUGUUUAUUCUGAAUUUUAACAUUGUAAUUACUUCCUUACUGUAAUUUAUUAUCUUAUAAAUUACAUUAUCAUUAAUUAAUGAUGUACAUUUAAGCUAAACACGUAACAAACAUAUAAAUACAUAUAAAACUAAACGUUUAACAUUCAAAUGAGAAGUAAUUGCAAUAAAUUUUUAUAAAAAAUAUAAAAUCUCAUUAUU